UACGUGACGUCAUUUUAUAAAAGGUUAAUCAAAAUGGCGGCGCCCAUUACAAUGGUUCCUGACUUAAAAAUUUAUUGUUAGGAAAAUGAGUCACCCCUUCUUUGUGGGCCUGUCAGUGGUUUUAGUAGUAUUCUUAAUUCUGAUAUUUGCGUUCGGGUGUGCCUUAGCUUGGACAGAAAAGAAGAAAGACCCUGACAUUGCAACAGAAAGAUUGUUGAGUUUAACUCCGCGUAAUGAAAGCAAUAGCUCAAAGAUUCAACGAUCAUUAAAACGCCCCCCGAAGACAUACCAACAACAUGGAAUGCACGUUUAUAACAGACACGAUGAAAUGCCUGUACAUGAAAAUGAACGUGUGAACCUACCUGAUAAAACAUGGAAUAACCGAAAGUCUCAAUUUUGUUGCGGGGACAUAGAUGGUUUGUUUGAAAUAGACAAAGAAACUGAUUAUCUCAACCACAGAAGCAGUUACAUAAACAGUAAACAUUUUAAGUCAAGCAAUGAUUACCAGAGCCUAAACAGGCGUCAGGGCGAUACGACUACUGGAGUGCACAAAACAAUAAAAACCAAUAAUAAACCAACAGAUUUCCAACGAGUGCAUUAUGUGAAUGGAAUAGAAACAGACGCCGGUAGAGUCCAUCCGCCUAGAAGAAAACUCUCAGUUAAGCAAAUGGUGGAAGAAGCAAAACGGAUAGCGCAAAUGGGCCAACAACAUGAAACAGGCUUUACACUAAACAGUUGUACAGUAAAUACGCAAGCGUCCCGAUCAAAAGAAGACAUCAAAUUGCCAAAAAAUCAAUCAACAUCUUACAGACCUGUUGAAUUAAAUGUCAAUGGACAAGAUAUUCAUAGGAAAAGACCUUCAGAAAAACAGAAUGCACAACUAAAAGGAAGUACCGACGAUUCUUUUGUAGACAGCAAUGGAUAUUUAACUUUGCACGGGAAUGAGUAUCCUUUCAACUCAUAUGACCACGAAAGUCUGCCGUCAUUUCCAUAUCAUCGUGGAAAAGAAAAUUAUUUAUCUCAGCAUGAUAGUGACGGAUACGCUGUCGAUACAUCAUUAGACGGCUUGUCUGAAGGUGAAUCAAUCAGUAACUACACACAGUCUCCUAAAGGGCCAUCAGUUAAAAGGGAUAAUGAAACAGUCUUAUCACCGUUAUCUAACAGGCAGUUGCAUAGUAGCGAAAAACUUUCUUUGAAAGCAAUUCCAAGCAAACGAACCUUGGAUGAUUCGUCAGAUAAGGUUUUACCUCCGGAAAUAAACCAGGAGUCGAGUACGUUUGAUGAUUUAUUCACUAGUGAACUGAAAAUGGGCAUGGAACAAGUUGCUAGAGACAGAGCUUUUCAACAGCAGUCACCAAAAUCAAAACUUAGGUAUUUACGACGAAUGUGGGAAUUAAUGCACAGAGUGUUUCCUUCUUUUAUAAGCUCGAAGCCUGCAUCAAAUAUACCAUAUGAUCGGUUGUCAUCACAAAAGUCAAAAAAUAUUCCAGCACCAGUUCCCGGCUUGCCACCAGCAUCUGAAAUGUCACCUAGAGGUUCUACAGACUCAUUAACAUCGGUUUCUAGUAUGUCAACAAACAAUUCUCAACAGUCACCAGCAUCUGGUAUGUCACCUAGAGGUUCUACCCAGCAACAAACAUCAGUUUCUAGUAUGUCACCAAACAAGUCUCAGCAGUCACCGACAUCAGUGUCUGCACAUGAACAUGUUAAAGUAAGUGAACCAACACCUGAAUCUGAAUUGUCUACGGUAAAGGAAAUAUCACCGGAAGAAAAUAUUAAACACAAAACACCAUUCGUUCUGACGAGAAUAAAACAAUUACCUAAAUCAGAAUGCACAGAAAAACUGUAUCACAAAAAUGAAAAUCAUCUUUUUAAAUCCAUGCCCCUAAAAAAUAAGAAAGAACAAUCGAACCCUGAUACUGAUACCGAACAACAAGCAACUGAUAUAAAUUGCAAUCAGGAAAUAAUAAAUGCAGCAGCAAACGAACCUGAACGUAAGAUACAAACUACACAUGCUUCGAUACCGAACGAGAUAGAACAGGAAUAUCAAUCAGUAAAUGUUAUACAUAACUUAAACAAUAAAAACACACAUUUAAAAUUAAAACAUAACGAAGAUAGUAAAAACCAUCAAAUGACAGUCAUCAGUGACAAUGUAAAGGCGAAACAAACUUGCCAAGAUACUAGUUAUGAACAACAAUCAUCAGACAUUUCUGACGGCACAAAGAAACAAAUAACAAAACGUAGCGAAUACAUACAAACGCGCGAAUUUGAUAGCAGUCGUGAGAUGGUUCAUCUACCCACUACACCUAAAACGUCACCAUCGGACAAUUCUAUUGAUAACAAACUUAACAAGGAUGUCCAAAAUCACGAUGAAUGGGAUUCGAUUGUAACAGAUAGAAAGGACCUUGAAGGUCAACACUACAUAGAUAAUGUUUUAUCAGAAUCCGACUUCAAUCCCGGCAAAACUUCAACACCUCAAAAAAGCGGUACAGAUUUCUUAGAAAACGAAGCUAUUUCUUCCAUCAAUAGCAAAACACUGCCAUCACAACAGAUCAUCUGUUCAAACACGCCUUCAAAGGGUAACUCUCCGUUAGGCAAUGGUCCUGCACUACAUUCAAUAUUAAAGAAGCGUCGAGGAGCAAUCGCUGGAACAAGUAAGGACAUAUCCAGGUAUAACAAUGGUGUCUCGUUUUGGGACGAUAAAAACGCUGAAGAGACGCUUCAUGACAGCCCGACUGAAGAACAACCGAAAACUUCAACACCUAAACAAAGCGGUAAAAAUGUCUUAGAAAACGAGGCUAUUUCUGCCAUCAGUAGCAAAACACUGCCAACACAACAGGAUAUCACUUCAAACAGUCCUUCGGGUAACUCUCCGUUAGGCAAAGGUCGUGCACUACAUUCUAUAUUAAAGAAGUGUCGUGGAGCAAUCGCUGGACCAUAUAAGGACAUAUCCAGGUAUAUCAAUGAGGUUUCGUUUCGGGACGAUAAAAACGCUGAAGAGACGCUUCAUGACAGCCCGACUGAAGAACAACCGAAAACUUCAACACCUAAACAAAGCGGUAAAAAUGUCUUAGAAAACGUGGCUAUUUCUGCCUUCAAGAGCAAAACACUGCCGUCCAAACAUAAUAUCUAUCCAAACAGGCCUUCAAAGGGUAACUCUCCGUUAGGCAAUGGUCCUGCACUACAUUCUAUAUUAAAGAAAUAUCGUGGAGAAAUCCAUGGACUAAGUAAUGAUCUGUCUAGGUAUUACAAUGAGGUUUCGUUUUGGGAAGAUGAAAACGAAAACGCUAAAGAGAAGCUUCAUGACAUCCCGACUGAACAACCGAACACAUCAGUUCAUGAGAAUGGUUUUGGUAUGCUUUCACCUUCCUUGUCAGAAAAAAUUGCUAUGGUCAAAUGUAUAAAAGAUGAUCCAGAUGUCAGUGCUUUACUAGACAAUAUCAAAGGAAAAAGAAGAUUGAAUGUUCAAACCUCACCUGCUUAAAAGUUUGUUUUCAAAACUGGAAUAUAAAGCAAUUUUAAAGUCAUAUGGUUGCCAUAUUAAGUUUCUUAAAAUCUUAGGGACAGGUGUCAAAUUACAUGAUUAUAUUUUAAGUCCUAUACAUGUAUAUGGAGUAGAAGUAGCAAACUUACAUAAAAGUUGAAUACUUAUUGUACGCCAGAUUUUAAUAUGCUUUAUAAAUCAUUGUUUAC